GUGUGCAUAAAAAUGAGCGUGUAAUGGCCUAUUUUUUUCUCUUUUUGUGCACAUUUUCCACAUUGUAAUAUGUAUUUACAUGUUAAACUCGAAAAAUUUGAAUAUCGUGCAAAAGUGUAUUUAUUUCAGUAAUUCAACUUAAAAGGUGUAACUAAUAUAUUAUAUUGACUCAUUACAUGCAAAGUGAGAUAUUUCAAGCCUUUAUUUGUUAUAAUGUUUUUGAUUAUGGCUUACAGUUUAUGUAAACUCCAAAUUCUAAAUUAGAAUAUUGUAAAAAGGUUUUCAUAAACUGUAAGCCAUAAUCAAAGUUAUAACAAAUAAAGACUUGAAAUAUCUCACUUUGUGUGUGCAUGUUUUCAUAUGUGUAUGUAUUUAUGUCUUUUUAUUGAAAGUAAUUCCAAAUAUUCAUAUAAUUAUUUACAGGUAGAACACAGCGAGGCAGAGGCCGGAUGCGUCAAGUACAUCGACAUAGUGCUGCUGGUGAUCAAACUAGGGCUGGUGUGAACCAUCCAGCUGAAGAUGCUGAACCUGAUGAUUCUAAGUGGCAUGAAAUUAACUGGCAGCCAAAAAACAUUCCCUUCACUGAGAAUCCUGGGCCUAUUGGUGAUGCUGCUGCUCUUGAGUCAGAACAACCUGUAGACUUUGCAGAGUUGUUCAUUUCUGAUGUACUGAUUCAGAACAUUGUUGAUCAGACCAACCUGUAUGCAGAUCAGUGUAUUCAGGCUAUGGAUGACACUUCAAAACAUGCUAGAUGUCACGCAUGGAAGCCUGUCACAGUUUCAGAGAUGAAAACUUUCAUGGGCCUCCUUUUUCUCACUGGUAUCAUUCAUAAGCCUGAACUUGAAAUGUACUGGUGUACAGAUGACAUGUUAGCUACCCCCUACUUCAACAAGGUCAUGCCUCGCAACAGGUUUGAAAUCAUAUGGAGAUUUCUACACUUCAGUGAUAAUACAACAAGGCCAGACAAUUGUACUGACAGGCUGUACAAAAUCCGCCCUGUCUUGGAUCACCUUGUGUCCAAAUUCCGCGAAAUGUAUCAGCCCAAGUCAAACAUUUGCAUUGAUGAGGGGAUGUUUCUGUGGCGUGGGCGCCUGGCUUUCAGGGUGUACAAUCCCCAGAAACCCAUCAAAUAUGGAGUAAAAUCCUACAUCUUGUGCGAUUCUGAUACAGGCUACUGUUUUAACAUGAAGCCCUAUUGUGGGGAAAGCGCUACCCUGGGAGACACGGUUGUCUCUCUUCUUGAUCGCCUAGCAGGUCAUGGCUACAGAUUGUUUAUGGACAACCUAUACAACUCUGUACGACUGUGUGAGCGCCUACUUGAUGUGAAAACCCAUGUAUGUGGUACAAUUAGAAAAAACAGAGGUGAACCGCCGGUCAUUCGAGAUGUCAGAAAUGCUCACCUUAGGAUUGGGGAAACAAUCAUGCGUCACAACGAAAAUGUGAUGGUCUUGGCAUGGAGAGACAAACAAACAGUGAAAAUGGUUACAACAUUCCAUCAGAACAACAUGGAACGUGUUGAGGUAUGGCAGAGAGGCCACCAAGAAAAAGUUGCAAAGCAAAAGCCAGCAUGCAUUGUGGAAUACAAUCAUGAAAUGAAUGGUGUUGACAAACUAGACCAAAACAUUGUGUACUACCCAUUUAUCAGGAAGUCACACAAGUGGACAAAGAAAUUUGUCAUGUACCUGUUUCAGAUCAGUUUGUUCAACGCUUUUUUCAUUUACAAAGCGAAAAACCCACAGGGUAAUUGUAACACUCUUCUCUCAUUCAUCCAGAGUGUUAUAAAAUCAUGGACCAGCCAAGAGUGUGCUAGUGGUGGGGAGAAAAGUGCCACUGAAAACACUCCAAGAGCACCAUACAACACUGACCCAAAAAACAGACUGAAUGUCAGUUUUGCUGUUCAUGAACUUGUUCCAAUCCUGCCCACUCCCAAAAAGCAACACCCAACCAGAGGAUGCAGAGUUUGUGUACGUAAGGGGUUGCGGAAGGAGACCUCGUUCUACUGCAAAAGUUGUGGCGUCCCCUUACAUCCUGGGAAAUGUUACUCUGUGUACCACUCAAAAGCAAAUUACAGUGCCUAAAUUUAAUUAGAUUUAUGUUUAAUUGUAAUAUAUUUUGGAAGGUUUUAUAUAUGUUAAAAUGACAUCUGAAUGUAUUCUGCUUGAAAAUGCACUUGUUUCAUAAAAAUGGCUUUUUCUCAGCUUUUUGUCCAGAAUGUUGUGUUUUUGACAAAACCUAUCUAUGUUCAGGUGGCAAUAAAAAAAUAAUAAAUGAAGAUAAAAUAAAAUAUUUUUUUUUGUUUAAAAGCAGAGACUCAGAUCUUUAUUUUGAUAUGUAACAUGUUCAUAUAUUCAUAGAAGAAAAUAUUCUGUGGGCCAUUAAAGUUUAGCGAAAAUUGUCAAAAACCCUGGCGCUGGCUGGCAACUUUUUUUAAAAAUGCUGGCGGGCAAAGAGUUAAAGGUAGUUUUAUUAUCUAUCAUAUGGUUAUGAUUAUAUAUAUAUUAAUUUUCUAGGACUGAUUUUUUUGUCACAUACCUAAACUAACCCUUUAAGAGAUGCAGAACACAAGAUCCAGGGGGCGUGGAGGGGUUACUGUGGAAUUUUAUGAGGAUAAAAUACAGGUGAAGAGUGCCUAAGCAAAUUUUCGCGAUUAUUACAUGAGAAAAGUGUGAAAAUUCAGAGUGCGACCAGACAUAACCUAUGACCGUCGAAUAGCACGAGCUCUACUCCGUCAUAUGUAAACAUAAAUUGGGCAUCAAGACUACUGUGCGCAUCGCGUUUGUGCCUUUCAUCCGACUUCUCACAUGCUCCCAUUGUUUAACCCCUAUAGAUAUCCGUUUACCGGCUGCCCUCUAGUGUCAUGGCAAUGAGCGGCCUGACAUCCCAGAAACAGUUUGGAUCUGUUCAGGAUGACGCAAAGAAUAGAUCAAAAUAGUAACGUUUUAUAAACUGAUAACAUCUUGCAAAAGGUUUCGCUAAACAUUACCGACUAAGUGACUGUGCACAUGCUUGACAGAUAAACCGCGUAAGGACAGUACUAAGGCUCAUGCCGGUUGGCUGUGAUGCUGUCAUGCUGCGAACGGUUCCUGGUUGAGGCAUUUUCAGAGCUCUCUGGGUCAUAUUGGGUGACAGUGUCAUUACUGACGUGGAUCAUAGAAAACGCAGCAGUCUUGUGCUUAAAACCUUCUUAAACUGUAAACGGAAAAAUACAACAUUUACAUUGCCUAGCUAACAAGCGAACACUCGCCCCAGCCGUCUAGCAGCGCUGUAGCCACGCUAGCCGCAGUACCACCAAAGCAGAAGUAGGCGGCUCAAAGGGACUAACCAACUCGGCUAAUGAGCUGACCAGUUUAAUUAUAAAACAAUUCAACGUUUCGACGAAAACUCUGUGUAUACACAUAUUACUCUUUAACCACAGUCGAUAACAUCUAAAUUAACAAAUCUGGCACUUAAUUGUUAAACACAAGCAUUUAGCUCACGGAUCUUGGAACCCCUCCCCUUCGCGUCGCACAUGGCAGCCCUAGG